UGCGGCAGCCUCGCCUCCCGGGGUCGGGAGGGGAAGGCCGACGGCGGAGCCUCUCCCCCGAGUAGGGGCUGCUGGGGCUCAAUUGCUCGGAUUGGUGUUCCCGCAUUGCCUAGGAGCCCCUCGGCACCUGGGAACUUUUAGUUCGACCCCCUCCGGGGGGGGCAGUGAGGUGAAGGCAUGUAACAAUAACAGAGUUGGAAGGGAUCUUGGAGGUCAUCUAGUCCAACCCCCUGCUCACGCAGGAGACCUGUACUAGGGAUUCGAACCGCCGACCUUUUUGAUCGACAAGUCAGGGUACCACCUAGUCAGGGAUUAGUUACCAUUUGGAUUGGAGGCGCCAAGAAGUCUUCAGAUUAUAAACCUGAGUGGGAAAUUAAAAAAAAGAAAGAAAGAAAAUCCCAGAAGAAGGCAGGGCCAAUUGUUUCUGUACUGUUGCCAAGAAAACGUGUAAGACAUAUCCAAAAAAAUCACCAGAGGGAAGGGAGUUCAAUCUCAAGGAGUCUUAAGAAUCCACUUACUUUCAAGAGGUGUUCUAUAAAAAAGAAUUCUCGACAGUUUAUGAAACGGCGCAGAGCAUGGAGAAUGAUGAAUUUCCGUCAGAGGAUGGGAUGGAUUGGUGUGGGACUGUAUCUAAUAGCAAGUGCUGCAGCAUUUUACUAUGUCUUCGAAAUCAAUGAGACUUACAAUCGACUAGCACUGGAACACAUUCAGCAACCACCAGAGAAAUUUAAACAAGAAAUCAGCUGGAUGCAUUCCUUAAAAACACGUCUUCUCUCUGUACCCUUUUGGCUAUGGGCCAUUAUCUUUUUAAUACCUUAUUUGCAAAUGUUCUUAUUUCUUUACUCAUGUACGAGGGCUGAUCCUAAAACAGUGGGCUACUGCAUAAUUCCUAUCUGCUUGGCUGUGGUUUGCAAUCGUCAUCAAACAUUUGCAAAGGCCUCCAAUCAAAUCAGCAGACUGCAGCUUAUUGACACGUAAGGAAAUCAAUGUGGCUUGCCCUCGCUCCUUCCCCCAUGGCUGGUUUUUGAUAAGUUGAAGAUCGGUUGAAUAUCUGAAAAGAACUUGAAAUUCUUUUUCUCAACAUUAACCUCUGGACAGAGCACCCACCAACCUUCUAUUUUUUUUAACGAUGCUUUUUAACUAUGGGGGUAUUCUAUUUGGUGAAAAGUUCUUUGAAAACAGUGGGGGUAACAUUCUUCAUAUUUGCCUUACAAGCAGAAUUUCUACACUCCAUCUGAAGAUUUUAGAGUAAAUAUAUAUUUGAAACCCUAAUUCACUGUGCAUCCUUCAAAACUUCAAGUUUCCUAUAAGCAAAUUGCUGAAAAUUGAAUUUGCCUAUGUUUAUGUGUAAAUUUUGAAAUUAUUAUAAAAGUGGCAUUUGAGACAUUGUCCUUUCUCCUUUGAUGAUGUUGCACUAAAUAAAUUGGGAUUCCUUUUGCACAUGA